UGGAAGUUUUCGGUCUCGCUCUUAACGCUCGGCUAAAUAUCUCGAUCCUACUCUAAUGUCGUCCGUGGAGAGUAUCGCAGAACAAAAUCUUCGCUGCCGCAGCACGAAGCGGUUGUCAUUUGGUAGUCAAACUAUCCGGGGAUCACUUUCGACAAUAGUCGACGACGCGGCGACAUUUAGCCCGAGACCGUGCCGCUCGUCGGAUCGUGAAUCCCCUUCGACGUUCCUUCCAGUUAUAUCCGUUCAGGCAGGCAGGCAGACCGUGAGACCUCACCACCUGACUAUCUUUACGAUCAUCAUUCGGCGGUUUACGGAUUCGGCGUCACUUUCAGGCGGCCCUUUCGCGGUCCCCCCAAGCUCACCCCCAAUCAUGACGCUCCUCGUAUACAUCACCCUCGGUGCGUGUUUCCUAAUUCUGCUCUACACCCUCCGCAAAAAUCGCAAGACCUUCCGACUGCCCCCGGGACCACCCGGCAUCCCCUUCCUCGGCUAUUUACCGUGGUUAGACGCGAAGAACCCUCACUUGUCGCUGACGAAUCUCGCGAGGAAGUACGGAGCGAUCUGCGGACUCCGAAUGGGCUCGGUCUACACGAUCCUGCUGUCGGAUCCUCGGCUGGUGAGGCAAGCCUUCGCUAAGGACGCGUUCGCCGGCAGGGCUCCGCUCUAUUUGACGCAUGGGAUUAUGCAAGGAUACGGCCUCAUUUGCGCCGAAGGUGACCUCUGGAAGGAUCAAAGGAGGUUCGCAGCCGGAUGCCUGAGGAAUCUCGGCAUGGUGAAGUUCGGCUUCAGGAGGGACAAGAUGGAGGAGAGGAUCCUCGCGGUCGUGAACGAAUGCUUAUCGAAACUAAGUAGCCGCAUGGCGGACGGCGGUAUCGACCCGCUGGAGACGCUUCAUCACUGUAUGGGCAACUUGAUGAACGAUCUCGUGUUUGGCAAAAUUUACGAGGAAGACGACGAGACGUGGAGGUGGCUGCGGCACUUGCAGGAGGAGGGAGUCAAGCACAUCGGGGUCGCCGGGCCGUUGAAUUUUCUGCCGUUCCUCAGAUUUUUACCACGCUACGGCAAAAUGAUGGAGUCGCUAAUUGACGGCAAGUUGAAGUCGCAUCGCUUCUACCAAACAAUCAUCGACGAGCACCGUGCGCGACCCAACAAGACGGACAGCUUCCUCGCGGCUUUCGACAAGGAGAUGAGGAACAAGACCGACGCGGGCGACGCUGGGUACUUCACUCGGCCGCAGUUUCAUCAUCUGUUGAGCGACAUCUUCGGCGCCGGCGUCGACACCACUCUGACGACUCUUCGUUGGUUCCUGCUCUUCAUGGCGGUUUACCCGGACGAGCAAAGAAAAGUGUCGGACGAACUGAUGGGACAUCUGAUGGGACAAAGGCAGCCUUGUUUGGCAGAUAGGACCGUUUUAAUUCGACUGGAAGCCGCCAUUUCAGAGACGCAAAGGCUGCGAAGCGUUACACCGGUUGGCAUCCCUCAUGGAACAAUUCAGGACACCCAAAUAGGCGACUACGAUGUACCGAAAGGCAGUAUGGUUAUUCCGUUGCAAUGGGCUAUUCACACGGAUCCUUCUUACUGGCAUGAGCCGCUCUCCUUUAAACUCGAGAGAUUUAUCGCGCAAGAUGGGAGUCUCGCCAGGCCGGAAGCCUUUUUGCCUUUUCAAACGGGUAAACGCAUGUGCGUCGGCGACGAGCUGGCCAGGAUGAUACUGUUCCUGUUCGCUGCGAGAAUCCUCCAUACGUUCGUCAUCUCGAUGCCGCCCGACACGCACGUCGACCUCGACGGCGAGUGCGGCAUCACCCUGGUGCCGAAGCCGCAUCGACUGCUUUUUACGGCGCGGCAGUAGAUUCACCCGCGUCCGUGCUUUCGCACACGUGUAUGUGUGACAUAUUGCGCGUAUGUGCGCGUGCGCGCGCACACACACACACACACACACACACACACCCAAGCAUAUAUACGCUUUCGCAUUGU